AAUAUGUACUGAACUUGACAUCUUUGUUCUCUGAUGAACAACUUCCUUCAUGCUUAUUCCAUGGCAAAAUUUAUCCAAAUUUGUAUAUUUGUGUCCAUUAGCCAUUUUACUAGAGUUGAUGCAGCAUUAACCUAUGUAAAUCGUGGUUGCACUACCGAUAACGGUAAUUACACCGAAAACAGUACAUACCAACAUAACCUUAAUCUCUUAUUCUCUAAUCUUUCCUCCCAAGCCUCUAGACUUAAGUUUCAUAACAUGACCUUUGGUGAUGUGCCUAACAGAGUACACGGCCUCUUUCAGUGCCGAGGUGAUCUAAGCCUAGGGGUUUGUCGCGGUUGUGUUGAGGAUGCAACGCGAAAAAUUGUACAAGAAUGCCCAUUAAAUGGUGAGGCAAUUGUGUGGUACUAUGAAUGUAUGCUCCGGUAUGCAAACCGCUCGAUUUCCUCCAUGUUCGAGUGGGGUCCUUCUUGUAGCCAGCGUAGUCUAGUCAAGGUUAUAAAUUAUGGUGAGUUUGCUCCAACACUGUCCAAUACAAUGAAUGAUCUAAUCAAUGGCCCAACUGUUAAACUGCAUAAUUUUGCCACAAAAGAAGCCAAUAUGUCUUCAAUUGACAUACUGUAUUGUCUUGCACAAUGUACCCCUGACCUAGAUGGAUACGGGUGUAACAGCUGCUUAGAAACUGCUUUCGCUGAAUUAAGAUCUUGUUGUAAUGCUUCUGUUUGGGCAAAGGUUUUCUUACCAAGUUGUCAAUUGAGAUACGACAUGAAUCCAUUCUACAAUGAUUCAAAACAGAUUGUUCAUUCUACACCAAGAACCGCAACAGAACCUGGUAAGAUCGUGAUGUUUGAAGAGUGUAUUAUUGGAAUGAAAAUUUUCUUCCCUAUUCUUUGAAUUUUUGUUUUUUAAUGUCCUCAUAUUUAUUCUCUUCCCUGCAUUUUCAUCAUUUUUCUUUUAACA